CUGCGAGGGGAAUCGUUGUACCGCUCCGCACCAAGUUGCAGUCCGCGGCUCUUCCCCGGCCAGGCGGGCGGCGGCGCGGCUGGGGCCGGCAUGGGGCGGGCGGCGGUGGCCGGGCGGGACGGCCCGCGGGCCCUGUCGCUGCCGCUGGUGCUGGCCGUGGCGUGCGCGGCGCGCAGCGCCGACGGGCCCAGCAACAUGUCCUACGUGAAGGAGACGGUGGACAGGCUGCUGCAGGGCUACGACAUCCGCCUCCGGCCCGACUUCGGAGGUGCGCCCGUGGAUGUGGGCAUGCGGAUAGAGAUCGCCAGCAUCGACGUGGUGUCGGAAGUCAACAUGGACUACACCCUGACCAUGUACUUCCAGCAGUCCUGGCGGGAUAAAAGGCUCUCUUAUUCUGGAAUACCUUUGAACCUAACUCUGGACAACAGGGUGGCUGACCAGCUCUGGGUGCCGGACACGUAUUUCCAAAACGACAAGAAGUCAUUUGUCCAUGGGGUGACGGUGAAAAACCGAAUGAUUCGACUCCAUCCAGAUGGGACAGUCCUUUAUGGCCUACGGAUCACAACAACAGCUGCUUGCAUGAUGGAUCUACGCAGAUAUCCUCUGGAUGAACAAAAUUGCACACUAGAAAUUGAAAGUUAUGGAUACACCACUGAUGAUAUUGAAUUUUACUGGAACGGAGGAGAGUCGGCAGUAACGGGAGUUAAUAACAUCGAGCUCCCACAAUUUUCUAUCGUUGAUUACAAGAUGGUAUCAAAGAGAGUGGAAUUUACAACAGGAGCAUAUCCCCGAUUAUCGCUUAGCUUCCGGCUUAAAAGAAAUAUUGGAUACUUCAUUUUGCAAACCUAUAUGCCUUCCACGCUGAUCACAAUUCUCUCCUGGGUGUCUUUUUGGAUCAAUUACGACGCCUCUGCAGCCAGAGUUGCUCUAGGAAUCACCACUGUGUUGACCAUGACCACCAUCAGCACCCACCUCAGAGAGACCUUGCCAAAGAUCCCCUACGUCAAGGCAAUAGAUAUUUACCUGAUGGGAUGCUUUGUGUUUGUGUUCCUGGCCUUGCUGGAAUACGCCUUUGUAAACUACAUAUUCUUUGGGAAAGGACCCCAACGUCAAAAAAAGGCAGGAGGCAGGGCGGGACACGCUACAGGCGAGAAGAGCAGACUGGAAACAAAUAGAGUCCAGGUUGACCCCCAGGGAAACAUGCUGCUUAGCCCACUUGAAAUACGAAAUGACGUCAGCAGCUCAGACGUGUUCCCGAGUCCCCGCGACCCCCGAGCCACCACGUACACAUACGACAGUGCCAACCUGCAGUACAGAAGAGCCACUUCCAGCAGAGACCUCUACAGCAGGAGUGCUCUGGACAGGCACAGGCUUCAUAACAAAGGACGCUUACGAAGAAGGGCGUCCCAGAUCAAAGUCAAAAUCCCUGAUUUGACUGAUGUUAACUCGAUAGACAAGUGGUCCAGAAUGGUCUUUCCCAUCACGUUUAUUCUUUUCAAUGUUGUUUACUGGCUGUAUUAUGUCCACUAAUUUAUGCAAUAAUGUUACCAUAGACUAACAUAAUUAGACUUGUUUCUUUUCCUUCUCAAUUUUGUUAACUCUGAAGAACUACAGUAGCCAUAAUGUUACAUAUUCAAGGUAAGAGACCCAGCCACUAAAUACUUCUAGAUUUGAGCUUUCAAAAAAAAAAAAAAACAAAAACCCAAAACAAUGCAAAUCCAGCCUCACCACAUUCAGAUCAGAAUAGUACGGAUCUGCUCUUAAAGAGCAUCUUCAGCAAAAGCACUAUAGCUCGAUUUUUACAAAGAGUUUGUGCAUCGCCCAUGAGCUUUCUGUACCCGCUUUUAUGGGUUUUUUUUUCAAGUGGAAUAAAAAUUAGUCCUACUGUAUUUGUUACCACAUAAUGGCAGCCCACAGCAGCAUGCUUCCAAAGAAGACAGUGAACAGCUCAAAUCAGUAGUUACGCCCCAGUGUUUCAGCAUUUAGAGUGCAGAGGAAUUUGAAGAAAUAACUGUUUGAAGGAUUAUAAGUAUUACAUCACACAUCAUUUCAAAGUUAAUAGUUAUACAAGGAAGUAUUUCCAUAGUGUCUGUGAGAAGUAUCACUCAAGGAGAUGCAAGUCAAUUCAUGUUUUCAGAGAGGCAGGGAUCUUCAAAAGAAAGAAAGGGCAGCAGAGACAAAUCCCACUGAGUUUCCAACUAAAUCAGCUGGUUGGAUCUAACUAGAAUUUUAUUUCCACAAAGUAGCAAAGUUGAAAUUGAUGAUAACAAUUGUGCCAUCUGUAAUUUUGUAUUAAAAAGUAGAAAACAAACACAUUUCAUUCCUGGAAGCAAGGGAUACCCCAGCCCAAGAGUGGCCAGUUUUCUUGACUCCCUGGUUUCCUGUGGCUGGUAAUUGCAACAUGUUCUCCCAAAAGUUGGCAAAUGUCAGGGAUCAGACCUGAGGAGAGGUGUGCACACAGUUUCCUACAGAUUUCUUUACUCCGAUGAGGAACAGGAGGCACAGAUGAGUCUUAUGGCACCCUGGUGACAUUGGGUACACUGCUCCUGAGGACUUGCCUCUCCCUACCCAGCUGCUUAUCGCCCGGCACAACCACAGCCAAGGAGCUGCAGGCAAAGUGGGAGCAAGCUGCAUCCAUCUGAGGAGCGAUAGGUCAUCUCCUAUCUGUAUAAAAUCCAUUUCCCUUCUCUACCGCCUAUUUUUUCCUAGCAGUGUUUAUACUAUGUUGCCUAACAUAGCAUUUUACUGAAAGGGAACUAUUAUCAGUUAAAUUUUAUUUUGCAUUGAAAGUGUUUUAUACUUUUAGGAAAGUCACGAUAUACAAGCCGAGUCAAUGUAGGUACUGAGAUGACUGUUAUCAAUGCCAGCUGGUACAGAAACAUUGAUCAGGGCAGCAGGCGGCAAUGCCCGCCAUUAGGAAUUACUAGGGAAUACAAACGAGCGAUGUGCAGAGCUUCUUCACCAGUUCCUCAUUGCCUGGCAGGAAGGUCAACUGAGGACCUUAUCGCCAGCUGACAUUACAACUUGUUAAUCAGAACAUAAUAAUAAAUGAAACACUCCCACAUGUUAAUGUUUGUCACACCCUGUAAGACCUGGACCUCCUAACAGAUCAGGACCUGCUGCACCUUCCCUUUGUGCAGCAGGCUUCUGCAGAAUCAGUCUGGAAUGAUAAAUCGCCAAACAAGAAAGGGAAUAGGUUUAAUUUACUCAUUACAAAAAAUAAAAGGCCGCAAAACAGGCAUUUGACAUCAUUGCUAAUCUAGGGGGGUCCUCGAGACUAUCAGACUGGCUCCAGCCUCCCGGUCUCAUCCCAAGUUCAAUGGAGCACAGAGGUGGUCUCCUCAGCUGUCUACUCUCUGCUACAACCUUUGACCUCCAGUCUAUUAAAAAAUUGCAUAAUUUUACCAGAUUAAUCGGCCACUGAGUAUAACUUGAGGUGAUUCUGGACAAAUGGCUCUUCUGAAUAGGCUACAACCUGUAUGCUUAUCCCCACCCUAAAACAACUCCAAGUAAUUUUUCAACAUUUGCACCAUAUCGGCAACCAAAAGAACGGCCAUACCUCAUCCCACACAUGACAUUUGGAUUAACUUUUUAGUGAAAUUUAAACAACAUUUAGAUCAAGAAUAUUUUAGUGGCCACUAACAAUAAUAUUUUGGUAUCAUAAAAUAAAAAAUACAUAGAACAUAUGGAAGUCUUGCAUGCUAAGCAAACUGAAUUUUCCAUAACUGCAAAAACUAGCCCCAGGAGGGAGACAGCAGUAGUGCCACGUGUGCUGCCCGUUCCAACACACAUCCCAGUAAAUGGCUUUGAAUUCAGCAAACCAGCACCCAACUUUACAAACAGAGAGAGUGAGUCCAUGAGCCAGUGAACUUUCCAGCUUUGUGGUUAUACACAGAAAUAAAUUGAAAGAAAGCAAUACAUUCCGCAGAUUUGCAGUGCUAAAUACUCUGUGAAAAAUGACUGUCAGUAACCCAUGUUUUUGCAUUACCUGAUUUCCCAAAGAUAUUCACAGACAGACCACUGGUCAGUAAUUGAACCCAGCUGUUCCAAUGGUGCGGAGAUGUUACAACCCCUCCUUACAGCUACAGCGGAUGUGUAGGAAGAGCCAACAUCCAACACGAUACUGAAACAAGACUUUAGGUAAUAGAAAAGGAUCCUUUGCCUUCUAUUACAAUAGUGAAGAUCAGCUGUACUGGUCUUCAGGUUUUUUCUUGGAGACUCCUAACAUCUGCACACAGAUAGUUUCUAUCUUAUGGAUCAUCCAGCUAGUUCAUACACAGAUGUCAGGCACAUGGGCUAAAAGCAGUUAAAUUGUACAGUUCCAAGCAAAAAGAAGUGUAUGGAGCUGAGGAGGUGCCAUUAACAAACCAAGAGCAGUAAAAGCACAAAAUUCUUCAGAAGGGCACGUUCCAAAAUAGGAGGGUCCACGGUCGUGCAUUGGGAGUCCUACAACACAUGCCACCGCUCCAAACCCCAGCCGUGCUGCCAGUUCUGAACGACACGCACCAAGGCCUGGCUGCAUCAAGAGCUGGAAGGCACGAUCUUGAGCAAGGAAACAGCUGCCAGCUCUUGGCACGAAGUUUUGCAGCAGGGGCUAAUGACCCCACCAUGUACAGACGUGAGAGCCACUUACUGCAGGUUGGCAGCAUCUUAGCCCAGAGCCAGCAUCUCCAGCCUCCCACUGGGCUCCUGUCCGCACAUUUAACCACCAACUCUGGUAAAGAAACCAGAAUUUGGCAUAUGAGCUCACAAGGCGCAUUGGAUUUAAACUAAAACCUCUUUCAAAGCUUCAAAAGAGAAUUAAAACCAAAAAUUGGGAACAGGGUGUAUAACCAUAACUAGCACGUUUUCCCUCUUUCUACUACUUUUAGAAAAAAAAAUCAAAGAAAACAUUUCUCACUUGAGAGCAAUAGCUUGGCAGCAAGCAAAAGGCGGUGGUUAUUAGAGGCACGGGAUGGAAAAACAUGGCUAUUUAUGGGUUACCCCUGUACACCACCAUCUGGAGCUAGGAAUUAGUGAGUACAAAAGAAACACAACCUCUUCCCAUCAGUAGGUUGGAGUCAUUUGGCUGGUUUUAAGCGAUAAGGGUGAAUAACGCUGUAACACCAAGCUCCAGCACUGUUGUAUUUCAGUACAGUUAGUUUUCCUGCCCAUAGGAAGCAGCCUUCAAGCUCAGCAUAGAUAAGGUCCUAUUGCUAAUUAGGUUUCAGGUAAACCCCCUUACAAUUUGUGCCAGUGUUUCGUGCAAUUUGUGAGUUUGAAUAGAUUAUUUAAAGAAACUUGCACUGGAAUUCCUCUUUAGCUAGGUUUCCCAAAGACAGGAGCUUCUACUGUCCCUAAGUGUGUGUCUAUCAGAGAGUCUCCCAAUAAUAUUUGAAUCCAUUGGCAAUUUCAACCAAAAGAUAACAGAACAGUAAGGAUCUGUGAGAUAACACGUUCUUACAAGUUUCAACAAAGCAGGUAGCUGAGCAGAGGACAAAGCUCCUGUUAAUCCAUCCCGCUUCUCUGGCAGAGAGGGACUCAAUGAACCCCGACCUUACUAGUCGUCAGAGAAUCCACACAGGAGGGCAAUUCAAUACCCAGAUCCACGGGGAAAACAAGGUUCAUUGGUUUUCGUGCUCUUGAAACUAUUUAUUUCCACACUUAAAAUGAUCUUCUAAUCUCAUUCUAAUCUUACCUCUCGACAGCAGUAUCCCACCUGAUUACGAAUGAAGCGGUCAGUGGCUAAAACGGCAACAUGUUUGGAGCAUGUAUUUCUCCCAGGGCAGAGUCAAUUAAAUAGCUCCUCCGUGCUUGUCCAGGGCUUCAAACUAGGCUGGCAUCAGCCAGGCAACUGCAGUGAUUUUGCUCAUCUCUCUAAUACCAACCCAGCUGAGCAGCCAGUCUGCGAACUCUCCUCAGAUGAGUAAAACCACUGGUUUACAAGAGCUUUAUCGUUGUGACAGCAGGCAGGAUCAGCCCAAAAUAGUGGGAGUCAGCUGCGGUCACUCUGAAGGAUAAACAGAAGUCUUUCCACUUCAUCUAUAUUCCCACACAAUUCAAAACAAUUAAGAAGGAAUAGCAAUAGUGGUAGAAAAAGUCUUAGAACACCACAAAAAAUACAACAUUUUCAAUAUGACAGAAAUAUUUAUGACAACAUUCCUGCACUUUAUGCUACUGCUGAACAGAAGUUGCUGUUUCAGAGUUACCUGCUGCUUCACCUUGUUCACCGUUAUAGAAAACCUUCCAUCCCCUCGUACUGCAAGUAGAGGAUUUCUUGAGAUAAGCCAUGAGGAAAGUCAUCCAGGGCUGGCAUCCAUGUUCCACCAGCUGCUGCUGCUUCCCAUCACUGACGAACUUCUCCCCCUCCUCGUGAAUUCCCACAUCCUGAGGAUGCAUUGCUAAAACCACCUUGGGAAUAUUCAUCAAAAAAGGACUGUGUUACACCUGUUGUAAAUGGGUUUUGCAUUGAAAAUCCAUCUAAGAUUGUAUGUUUCUUCCUACCCCCAUAAGCAUCCCCCUGCAGCCCAAAGAAGGCAGGAGAUCACAGAAUAUUGAACUUCAGCAUACGACGAUACUGAAAUGUAUAUGCGCAGGGUGAAAGAAUUAAGAGACAACUGAGAAAUCUGGCAUUUUUUAAAGGAAGAACAGGUGAUUUUGGCCUACUUACUGUCUUGGAGUGCAGAGUGAACUCUAAUUAUGUUGUCUUCUCCUUGGCGUGUUUGUUUCUCAAUUAUUGUAUAAGUCAUUUUGAAUCUCAAAGCGUUAUAAGAACAUCACCAUUUGUCUUCUGCUGGUGCCAGUCUAAGAAAUAGCAUGGUAGUAAUUCUUUUACACUUUUUUUCUUGGCAAAAUCCAUUGAGUAUCAUUACCUAAGGAGCUAAGAUGUCAGCAGAAUCAUGUCAUCUCUCUAGAGACGAUCUCUAAUCAGUAUGUCUUUCAACUUAUCACUGCCUAUUUGUAUAAGCACAGUCUUAGAGAAAAGUAUAAAAUAUCAAUCACACUGCCAAAAGUGUUCAUAAAGAUGGUUUCUUUUGGCAGAUUAUGCAUUUCAGUGAGAGCAUCAGCAACCUGGUUUGCAUCUGUGAACAUAGCAGUUUCCUUGUUCCCACAUCUGUCUUGACCUAGCUGGCAACAUAUUACCUGAUUUUUUUAGAUUUUCAGAGGCAACUAACUUUGAAUAUGGUGUGCUGCAUAAAAGAGCAGCUUUACAAAACAAAGGUGGCAAAUCAUCAUUUCAAAGAGAGAGCUGAAUGAGACUUUGGCAUAGGUAAAGAAUUCAGGAUUGGGUUUUACAAAGGCAGUUAAUAGCAGUUCUCAUCAGAUCAUCCAUCUAAAAUCAAUAUUAAAAGAAACAUGGGAGAUCUGAAACCUCUGCAUUCCCAAGAAAAAAAAUCCUUCUUUUACUGUAGCCAUCAAAAAAAAAAGUUAUUUAAUCUAUAUGAUGCUAGGAAUCCUUCCCCCCCACCACCAAAGCAGUACCUAUGGACCUGUAGUAGUUUCCAGUUAAAGUCCCCACACUUUCCAGUGCCUUUCAUUAUUGUAUUAGCUAAAUUACCUGACUAAUCUGAUGCCAAAAAAUAGCCAAAGUCUUCUCUAUGUAGGACUCUCGCUGGUGCUAGCACAUAUGAAGAGUACUUUUGAGUAAAAUUGCCAGCCAUAGGCAAAGUGAAGAGUUGAACAUCCAGUACGUCCUCCACAAACCAGCAUAAAACACGAGGUUCUGCUCCUGCGAUGACCUCUCCAUGGAGCAGCCUGAUGAUGUGAACCACAUACACUUGUGAAAGUCCAAAGGAUGAAUCUUUGUGGGAUUUGCCUCCUUUUCUACAUUUUGGUAGCGGCCUGUUGGUCUUUCUGGAGAGUUCCUGAAGAAAGUAACUAUAAAUUUAGAGAGGGAAGCAUAGUAUACUGCCAAGUGUAAUUAAAGUGGAUUUAAAGUAAAAUCUUUGUAGACUAUAUUGAUGCACUUAUGAAAGCAUUCUCCAGUACCAGAAGAAUAAAAAUCCCUUUAUUUCUGCUACUUCAUUAUGAUUAUUAAUUCACAACUCAAAGCGAUAACAAAGUGUGCAUACUUCAGGACAAGGUGGUUCUUAAAACCACCUUUCAGAGAAAAGCAUAAUUAUGUUUCAGCAUGUUUCUUAUGAGAAAGGCUUGCUCCAGAACUCAGAAACAUUCUACAGGCUUAUACAGAUCUUUUCAAAAUGCAGCUUCUGGACAUACACAAUUGCUUUGUUGCAAAAGCAGUUUUAUUACAGUAGUCACUUCCAUACCGACAGCUUUCUGGUCAGAUGCAAUUCUGAUUCACUUCAGUGUGCCAAGAUCAAAGCUGAAAUGGCUGAUCAAGAAAAACACGUUGUUUUUCUGAAAUCAAGGGAAGAUUUCUAUGAGAUUGAGAGAAACGCAAUGAAUGGCAAUGGAGGGCAAGUAACAUUAUUUUUAUAAUUCACUUUUAUAUUUUGUAUCAAGAUAUGCUGCAUUUUCUGAUUCAAAUUGCAGGUCUGUUUAUGCAAUGUGAAUUUCUGUAGGUGCUUUUCACAUGUUGAAAUUAAAACUUCAUACAUUGUGCCCAUUAUAUGUACUGUUUUCAUUGGUUCAAAGAGCCUACCUCACAAAAUUUUGUUUCUGGUCUUAACUACAUGCUUACGAGGUCUGUACAUAGCACCUGCAAAACCACAGAGGUUUCACCAAUGUAUUUAUGAUGGUUGUUUUCCUUUUUUUUUUUUGGCCUACACAACCACAGAACCCAGAAGUGACCUGCUCCACAGGAGCAAACACUAGGAGAAUAAGAAGACAUCUCCCUGAAACAGGACAGAAGGGGGAGCAUCGCCUGGGAACAACCGUUACAAGUUAGCGCGGUGGGAUGUGCAAACAUCAGAGCCAUUCCACUUCCCAUAACCAGCUAAUUAGAAAGAGCUCAAGCCUGGAAGAACACAGAAAAAUACGGAUAUGGGCAAAGUGAGCAGAUAGGCAAGGACAAAAUUAAAAGUUAUCUAAUGUUCAUGGAGUCUCUUUAAACUCCAGCAUCUUUGGUCCAAUGCAGAAGGGCCUUCAGAAGAUUUCCCUGAUUGCCCCCUUAGCCACGGACUCAAGUGGCUUUGUGCAUGACGCUCCCACAUCACAGCCCUACAUGGCUUUUGUUACCAGUGCAGUUCCUGUACUUCACUCUGGUCCCAGCAUACAGUUCCUCCAGGGACUGUGACCUGCACUCCAGUGCUCUGUAUGAAAACCUCAGGGUGGAAACGUAACGCCAGCUUCCUUAGCUAACCUCCCGUUCCUCAGCCCAGAAGGGAGCAUAGGAUCAUAGAAUCGUCUCAGUUGGAAGGGACCUUUAAGAUCACUGAGUCCAACCAUCAACCUAACACUGCCAAGUCCACCACUAAGCCAUGUCCCCCAGCACCAUGCCUACCUGUCUCUUAAAUACCUCCGGGGAUGGUGACUCCAUCACUUCCCUGGGCACCCUGUUCCAAUGUUUGAUAACACUUGCAAUGAAUAAAUUUUUCCUAAUAACCAUCUUAAACCUCCCCUGGAGCAACUUGAGGACAUUUCAUCGCUGGGCAUACUUGACAGACAUGCUCCUGGCCACAUAAGCUUGUUUUAGAUGUUUCCGUUACACAUACAUUUUUCCUAUUCACUACCUUUUCAUAUCUACCUGCACAUUCAUCAAAGCGUGUGCUGAAGCUGACACCAGUCUAAUGGGUUUUGUGGAGUCUCUAACUUUUUGCAUCAAUUUGGCCUGGUACGGUCUCCACAAAUGCCUUCUCUGUCACAACUGGAGACCUUGCUUGCUCUAGAAGUCCCUAAUUCUCAGGGUAGAGACAGAACAAACCCACUUUCUGACAGACGGUAGAAAGUACAGAGCAGCAAACUCUCUUCUCCCUUCUGUUUGGUCCUUUUCCUUUCCAUCUACUGGAGGCCAUUGCGUGCCUUACAAGGACGGUUCAUUCUUCUGUAGACACAUAACGUCAGGACACACGUUUCAAAUGCAAUUCCAUGACAACCAUUUUUAGCUGCUAGUUCUCAGUGGCUCAUCAGCUGGUGCUCCUCUCCCUCUCCAGCCAUUCACACAGUGGUGUUAUGCCCCCUGUCAAAAACAUCGUUUUGAUGGUUAUAUAAAAGAUACUUAGACUCUCAAUAAAGUCUAACACCCACAAAAAGGCAGCUCAUUACACAUUUAUUGCUGUCACACCAUAAGAGUAACCGUCUUGUCUUUUUUUUUUUUUUUAAAGAAAAAAAAAAAACCAUUCUUCAGCCUUUCCUGUUCAGUGCUGCAGUAAAGGACAGGACAAAUAUAGGACGAUACUAAAGAUGAAACACCACCACAUAUCCUUAAUUAUAAAUCCAUUUUUACAUAACUUGCUAUAAAAUUUAUAACGAAACUAUGUAAACUUUAAGUCUCUGAAAACUAAGAGGUAGCAAGACAAAAGUUCUUGUCAGCAACAUAGUACAGAUUAAGUUUUAAAUAUCCGCUUUAAUAUUCUUUGAAGUACAGACUUUCUAGGUAUCUGCUUUCUUCAAUGUAUUCACAUUAUACAUCUAUAAAUUGUAUAAAUGGAUCAGCACAUGUGUCUUGUAUCCAAAUGACAUCCCAAACUUGAUAGUGUACACUCGUAUGAAAUAAAUUAUUUCUGCUAUUGUAAAUAAAAGGAAUAAUUCUCAGUCCUUUUGUGCUAAAUGAUAAAAACAGUGUGCUAACAAUAAAAAUCAGUUAAAAAAAAAAAUCAGUUACCAAAAAAUUAAGCCUCUUCUCUCUACAAAAGCAUUUUAGCAACAUAUGCUACCACAGCAUAAUGAAAGCUAAAGCGGCACGUUCAGUAUGCAUCACACUGAAGCAUUUAAACACCUAAGACCAUAUCAAAGCCGUACGUUCUUUCUUCUAUAAAGUGACUACAUCAAGAGGAAAGGGAAAAGCAGAGUGAAGACAAAUAUACCUAUGAACAAAAUAAACACACCUAACCAAUUUAUUCAUUAAACUCACAAUUUAAAAACCAGCAUGCUCCUGAACAGCCUACUGGACAGCCUGCAGUAACUCUUCACAGACUUUUUAUAAAGCUAAACAAAUAUCAAUUCCAACCUGAUUUUUUUAGCUUGAAUUUGGUACCAUGUAUGCAAGGUCUUUACCUGUUAUCUGACCCAUUAUCAAAUUCUGCUGCUUAGGUAUAUUCAAAGACAAUGAUCAGAACAGGUCUGUUAAAGAGUCUGCAGUCCUUCAAAACACAUUUUCCAGUCUUUCAUUCUUAUGAUUCUUUACCCCUUUCUCCACUUUUUCUGAUCUUUCUUGAACUGCUGACACUGAACAACAUGCGCAUCUUAUUAAAUGUACCAGUACCAAAUAAAAGGGAAACAGACUACAUUUUAUACACACUUAAAAAAAAAAAAAAGCAAAACCAAAACCCAAAACCAAAAAACACAACCAACCAACUUCUGUGCUAGUUUUAAUAUUAGAAACAUAUAUUUAGGUUUCCCAUCCACGAAGCCUAUUAAAAUACUUAGAGGCCUUUCUACGAGAGCUUUUGUCCUCCUCCUCUUCUCCAACCAGUCCUCUGAAGUCCAAUUUUGUGUACGGAUGUAUUAUUUUUACACUUUGCUUAUAUGAAAACCUACAAGACAACAAAAUAUAGAAGGAGCUCAAGACCCUGAUUUUGAAGCUAUGAAGAAGGUAUGCCAUCAAUACUUUGCCUUUUUAUAUAUAUACAAAACAUGCCUAAGACAGUUGAAUGUUGAGAAGUACACAUUAGUAUUUCUGUAAGCAUUGCAGAUAAUUUCCUCUUUACGUAUAGAAGCACGCUUUAACAAAUAGUAGAAACCGCAAGAUUCCUGGUGUAUUCUUCCCUAGUGUUAUGGCUUCUAACUUUUGUUAUAUACUACAAUCGAAACCCAGUCUGGUUUCAGAAAGGUUUAGACUAGGAUUUGCCAGUUAUCGGCUGUAUUAAGUGGGCUGGGAAUAUCCUUGUCACAGUCUGCAUAGGUCAGCUCCUCUCCAGCACUGCACCCCCUUUUGAAAACAUUAAUGUAUUAAAGUGAAAAGCUAUCAACAAAACCAAAGAUAAAAACCCAAACUUUACUCUAAAUAAAGCCCCAGUGAUUCUUCCUCAACUUCUCAGCACUCAACAGGUUGCCUGAAGAGGUUGUGGUGUCUCCAUCCUUGGAAGACACAUUCAAAAGCCACCUGGACAUGGUCCUGUUGGAGGCUGCCCUAGGUGAUGCUCCUUGAGCUGCGGACUUGGACAAGAUGACAUGCAGA